AUGAAGGUCGACCCUGCAGUACUAAGAGUCCUCAGCUUAGAUGCUAGUACUACAGCCGUUUCCUCUGCCGGGGGAGGUGGCUGCAGCUCCGCGUCGACGUCGAAGAUCGUGUCGCAGCUCGACAAUGGCCAGACCAAGUCCUACUUUAUGAAGACUGGAAGUGGAAAAGAGGCACAAGUAAUGUUUGAAGGGGAACACGCAUCGCUCGAAGCUAUCCACGACGCCGUACCAUCACUAUGCCCGCAGUCAUUUGGCCACGGCCAGUUUGAAUCGCAGUCGAACACAUCCUUCCUUGUCACCGAAUUCCUACACCUUACAUCGCGCUCCGUAUCCAAGUCGAAGUCGGCACAAUCGCUUGCAGCAAAGCUUGCGAAACUCCACACAACCCCCGCACCAACACCUGAGGGGCACGAGAAGCCUAUGUUUGGGUUCCCCGUCACGACAUGUUGCGGUGAUACAGCUCAGGAGAACAUCUACAAGGAGAGCUGGGCCGACUUCUACGCAGAGAACCGGCUCAUGUUCAUCCUGCACCAGGCAGAGAAGAGGAACGGCAGGGAGAAGGACUUGCGCAAGCUGGUUGAAGACACUGCAUCGACCGUCGUGCCCCGACUGCUUGGCGAUAAGCAUCUGAACAACGGCAAAGGCGUCACCCCCGUAGUCGUCCACGGCGAUCUAUGGAGCGGAAAUGCAAGUGUAGGUGUUAUUGGCAACAACAAGGGCGAACCCGAGGACGUAGUCUUUGACUCAUCAGCAUGCUAUGCGCAUAAUGAGUACGAGCUAGGCAUCAUGAAAAUGUUCGGUGGCUUUGGUGGGAGCUUCUUGAAAGAAUACCACGAGCUGUGCCCGAAGACGGAGCCUGUUGAGGAAUAUGAAGACCGUGUGAAACUGUACGAGCUAUAUCAUCACCUGAACCACUAUGCGAUGUUUGGCGGUGGCUAUAGGAGUGGUGCGGUGAGUAUCAUGAGGGAGUUGGUGAAGAAAUAUGCAGGGGACUAA